AAUCUAAGCUGACAACUCGCAUUGUCCACCACAAAAACCUUGUUGCUGGUGGAGAGAGCCUUGGAGAAGAUGUCGACGCAAACUCAAAAUGAGCCAUUCUAUCUCCGCUACUACUCAGGUCACUCUGGGCGGUUCGGACAUGAAUUCUUAGAGUUUGAUUUCCGUUCCGUCGGUGAUGGUCGCAGCGCCGCCGUGCGAUAUGCAAACAACUCCAACUACCGCAAUGACUCCCUUAUCCGCAAAGAAAUGUGCGUGAGCUCGUCGAUGAUCCAGGAGAUCAAGCGCAUCAUCAAGGAUAGCGAGAUCAUGAAGGAGGAUGAUUCCAAGUGGCCCCAGAAGAACAAAGACGGACGACAGGAACUCGAAAUCCGACUCGGGAAUGAGCAUAUCUCCUUCGAAACCGCGAAAAUCGGUUCACUAGUAGAUGUGACUGAAUCUGCAGACCCCGAAGGUCUUCGGGUUUUCUAUUACCUUGUUCAGGAUCUUAAAGCUUUCAUCUUCUCUCUUAUUUCUCUUCAUUUCAAGAUCAAACCUAUCUAAAACAGUCACCUCGCGAUAUUAUGAUUGUUGUUCAAUUCAAGGAUUCAAAAUACAGGGCGUUCUGGAUGUUGAGACAGUCUCGCGACACGUAUACAACGGGCAGUGAUGAUGCAAUGAGAUUCUGCAGAGUGUGUAGCAAGAGAAAAACUAAUUAAAAAUAAAUAAAAAUGCAAUACCCUUCGGAUGAACGGCAGAAUUGGGUGACAUUGGUGCUAGUCCGGAGUCAAGUAAAAAUUUCUACAGAUCCAGAAAGAGUUGGAAUGGGGAAAGUUAAACAUGGAAUGCCUGGGAUUUGAACUUGAGAGCGAAGGUCCGCCAGGCAUUAUCCGCUCCAAGCGCUGAUUUGCCUCCCCCGCGCUCGCAUGAUCAGCGGG